UCAACUAUACUUGAUAUCUCCAGGGAGACCCAGAAAGUCAAAAUGAGGAUAUGGAAGAUCAGCAACUUUUGCUGGAUAUGACUGUUCGUGAUAUGAGUGGAACCACAUACGAGAAGGUCGCAAAUGGGGAAGGUAUCGUUGAUGUGUCUAUGAAUACAGUAGGGAAGGAAUUCCACGAUAUAAUCAACGCAGAAGUAGUAUUCGGGAGUGAUGAUCAGCCCACCAAGGAAAAUCCCAAAACCGAUGCAACAGAGACUGCUCUUUCCACGCAACCAGCCAUCAGAAAAUCUGAUGUUCCCAUUGAGAGAAGCAAAAAGAGACCUCGGUAUCUCUCCCCAAUUGAAGUCGAUUUAAGCCAAGUCGAUCAUUCUACCCAGAAAACCCGGAUUCAUCAAGUACACUCAAGAAAAGAACGUCCCAUCGACUUGGAUGGAGAAAAACAGAAUCCAGAGUCGAAUCAGUCAGAGCCCAGUUCUCCAAAUUCUAAUAAUGCCAAAAUAAAGUCCAACAAUCUGCAACACCCCGAGUCUCCAUCAGAUCCAUCACUCACUGCACCCCCAACCAAAGCUUCAGAAUCCGAGCUGGGAGUUAAGAGAGUGGAUCAUCCUACCCGGGAACCCCAGAUUCAUCAAGUACACUCAGAAGAAGAAUGUCCCAUCGAAAAGAGUGGAGAAAAACAGAAUCCACAGUCGAAUCAGGCAGAGCCCAGUUCUUCAAACUCUGAUAAUGCCCAAACAAAGUCCAACAAUCUGCAAAACCAAGAGUCUCUAUCAGAGCCGUCACUCACUGUAUUCCCAAUCAAUGCUUCAGACUCCGAGCUUGGAACUCAGAGAGUGGAUGCGCUCGAUGAAGUGGCAAAACUGGGAAAAAUUCAGAAACCGGGGAACCCAAGAGGAGCACCAAAAGGUCGGAAAACAACAACGAUCGGUUUACCUAUUAAGAAGCCUGGAGGGAUUCAAAAGAAUCAGCAAAACCGUAGGAAACGAGGAAUAGCUUUUACAUCUAGGAAUACUGAGACUAAAACACAGAUGUUGGUAACGUGGUUGCUGGGCAAGUACGAUGAGCACCGUAAUUUCGAGGCUUCAACAAUUCGAACGGAUGAAGUUGAUUACACCCACCUCGACAAUUCAUUCAUCGACACCCCCCCUGACGAUCUUAAGCUGUUGAUGAAACUCAUGGAACAUGAUGCCCAAAAGCAAUUUUCACAUCAUCUUACCAAAAAACGCAACGCAGAUGAUUUCAAGUGCUUCGUAUGUGCUCAUAGAUCACAUCCUUUGUGUCCUAGUGUCCUUAUGUGUGAUGGCUGCUUGAAGUGGCAUCAUUUGAUGUGUGUGGGCAUGAAAAAUUCCCCAGCAGGCAAAUGGUAUUGCAGCGAAUGUUCAGCCAGAACAUGAAGGAAUGUUCCACUCGAGAUUCAGUAAACUCGACGGCACUUAACCUU